AAUGCAUAAACGACGAUGAUGAUACAUGUAUAUUAGCUAACAAAAAUGAGCUGGAUAAAUCAGAACUAAUGUUAGAAAACGACACUUCACUAUUUAAUGAGGAUAUAAAUAAGAUCCACAAGGAUAACGUACAAAUGGAAUCCACAUAG